AUGAUCACUUCUUCAUCCAAAGCCCUACAUAUUGGGACGUCGAUGAAGAUUAAGAGAAGGAAACCCAAAACCACGACUGCAGCAGCGUUGCUCACCCUCCGGGAAAUCGAAUCCUGGACUUCUAGACAGACGGAAGGACAGGAAGAUGCUUUCGAUUCGGGCAACAUAGAGGACAAGACGAUGGGGACGAGAGAGGGUUUGGCGGCGACCCUUUGA